UAUGUAAACGCAAGAAACUUUAACAAAUCAAUAUCGACACCGCAGUCGUAGUCGAAAUACUUCUAAGCUUAAGUGAUAUUCGCAAAAUAUACAGUAGAUUGAUUAUGAAUUCAACUACAGAGAGUAGUAGUAGCAGCAGUAGCUCUUCUUCUGAGAGUAGCAACGAUUAAAGUAGCAGUAGUAGUUCUAGCUGCUCAUCAGGAUGUCAGUUCUUAUAUGAAAUUGGGGAAAAACUUGACAAAUAUGUUAUCACAAAGUAUUUAAGUUCAGGGACAUUCGGAAUGGUGUUAGAAGUCACAGAUGAGUUAGGAAUUCCAUAUGCUGUUAAAGUUAUUCGAUUAAUAUUCAGAUCUUGAGCCAAACUGAUCACACAGAAGUGGAAGUUCUAAAAUAAAUCUAGUAGUUUGAUCCAUUUGGUGAGGCUGGUAUCGUUAGAUUCUAUGAUUACUUCGCUUGGUAGGACUAUCAUUGUAUCUUACUUGAAAGGGUAGAAUAUUAAACAAUUAAAUACAGCUUGGCCUUAAUCUCCAUGAUUAUCUCCAAUCAAAUUCUCUCAACAUUACAGAAAUCCAAUCAAUAUUUCAACAGAUCACUACUUCGCUUUUGUUUAUGCAUUCUCUUGGCAUUACACACACUGAUCUAAAACCAGAGAACAUAGUUUUUUCACACCAACAAAAGUAUACACAAGUAAAAUGACUAAGACAUCUUGUGAAAUUAAUUG